AUGACGUUUCGCUGUGAAACGGAUUACAUGUGGCUCCCGGCCUUCGGUGAGGAUGAGAAGAAUUGGCCCAACGGGCUUCGAAUUUUCCUCUACGUGCUGGGCCUCUUCUACUGUUUCCUCGGAGUGGCCGUGGUUUCUGACGUCUUUAUGAAUGCCAUCGAAAGGAUAACAUCCCAGAAGAAGAGGGUCAAACUCAAGUCGACUGGGAAGAUUGUCACGCAAACGGUGUGGAAUGACACCAUGGCCAACCUGACGCUAAUGGCGCUGGGCUCGAGUGCUCCAGAGAUCCUCCUCAGUGUUAUCGAGAUCAUGAGCAACAAUAUGUACAUCGGCGAUUUGGGCUCUGGCACGGUAGUAGGCAGUGCGGCCUUCAAUCUCCUUGUGAUCAGUGCCGUUUGCGUCUGCGCAAUACCAGAUGGGGAGGUGCGAUACAUCAAGGACACGAAGGUGUACUGUGUCACUGCAAGUUUCUCCAUCUUGGCUUAUGUCUGGCUUUUGUUGAUCCUCAUGGUGAUCUCCCCGGAUAUUUGCGAGCUCUGGGAAGCUGUGGUGACGUUCCUGCUUUUUCCCGUUCUGCUCGCGAUUGCAUUUGCUGCGGACAAGGGCUACUUCUCUCCUGGUGGUGAAGAAGACCACAAACAGGAUGAGAACUUCCACGGAGCUAUUCCACCAGAUGUUACCAAAGAGGAGUUGGCGGAGAUCGAGCAAAGUAUUCGAGAGGAGUACAACCACAAAAUCUCAGAUGACCAGUUGGUCCGAGUGAUACAGCACAUGUACAUCGGAAAGCCGUCUCGUGCCUUCUACCGCCAUGCGGCCAUGGAAGGCAUUGUGGGAGGCAAAAAGGCUGACUUUGGCGCCCACUCUGUGCCUGUCAACUUUGUCUCUGCACCGCACAACACAGCUGACGAGCUCAGCAAGGGCAAGCUCGUGGAGGUUGGAUUUGCAACAGACAAAUACGCUUUCCUAGAGUCCUGCCACAUGGCGAAGCUUCAGCUGAUGCGCUGCGGCCUACCUGACAGAGAGGUCACCGUACAGGUCACUUCGCGUGAAGGCACUGCGAAGGCCAAUUCAGACUUCAAGCCGGUGGACGAAACUGUAACCUUCGAACCCGGCGAGACUGUGAAGGACUUCUUUGUAGAGAUUAUCGACGAUGCUGCAUAUGAAGAGGAUGAGGAGUUCUACCUCGACUUGAGCCAUCCCAAACUAGAUGGCAUGGAGCACCACCAGGACGUAAAGGUGCGUGUCCGUCCUGGUCUUGGAACAGUCACUGUUGUCAUUGUAGAUGACGAUGAGCCUGGGAAGCUACGCUUUCAGCACGAGCAGGUGGAGGUUAAAGAGCGCGAGGAGGAGACCACUCUCCGCAUCAUCGUGGAGCGCUACAAUGGUGCGACAGGAGCCAUCGAGUGCCGCUACUACACAGAAGACAACUCAGCCAUUGCCGGCUAUGACUACGUCGAGGCUUCUGGGACUCUGUACUUCGAUCAUACGGUGCAGACGGCAACAAUCGAAAUCACUAUCAAGCCCAAGGGUCGGUACGAGAAUACGUCGUCCUUCAACGUCUACCUGGUAGAGCCAAGCGGCGGUGCGAGCUUUGACCGUUCCACCGAUGGUGGCUCCGCAAGUUGCAUUUGCCAUGUUGUCAUCAAGGCCGACGACGAGCGAAAGGCAGCCCUGGACCGCAUCGCUAGCCAGAUCAACUGGAACAAGCAUGCCCUCGGCUACUCCAAUUGGAAGGAGCAGUUUCGAGAUGCGGUGUUCAUGAGCAGAGAUGAUGACGAGGAGGAGGGUGGCCAUUCCUGCCUGGGUGUGGUUAUCCACUUCCUAGGCAUGCCCUGGAAGCUCCUCUUUGCAUUCAUUCCACCUGUAGACUACUGCAAUGGCUGGUGCUGCUUUUUCGUGGCCCUUGGCAUGAUAGCUGUGUUGACUGCAGUGGUUGGCGACCUGGCCAACCUCGUGGGCUGCACACUGAACAUCGGGCCGGAGAUCACGGCCAUUACUUUCGUAGCCUUGGGGACCUCUUUGCCUGACACCUUUGCAUCCAAGACGGCUGCCAUCAUGGAUCCGUAUGCGGAUGCCUCCAUUGGGAAUGUCACAGGCAGCAACUCCGUCAACGUGUUCCUUGGUCUGGGCAUGCCCUGGACCAUUGGAGCGAUUUACUGGCAGACUCAGAGUACGAGCGGAGCCACCUUUGCAACGUGGCUUUCGAACCUGCAGGAAACCGGCAAGUACUUCGAAAUCAGGUCGUCGAUCGUGAACUACAACAAUCUAGAAUCUGCAGUCUUUGUAACCCCUGCAGGCUCUCUGUGGUUCAACCUCUUAGUGUUCUCCUGCAACGCGAUUUGCGCUAUUAUGCUACUUUACCUCCGGCGUCGAACCUUCGGCGGAGAGCUAGGAGGGCCACGCCGCUGGCAGCUGGCGAGCGCUGCGUUCCUGGUCUUCCAGUGGUGUGUCUACAUUGGAGCCUCCUCGGCUUGGGUCGUCCUAGAGACCGAGUAA